AUGGGGACGGGCUUUCGACAAACCCUAUUAGCAGGCACGCCCCGUAACCUAGCAGUGCUUGCACUAUUGUUUGCAAGUGUUGUAGCCACCUCGCAGGCGACGCAGCAGUCGUUUGCGGUGAUGUCGAAACUGCGCGGCUUCAAUAAGGCAUCGUUCAUCCAGCAGCAAGGAUAUCCCUACAGCAGUGCUCUCGUCAGCUAUCGAAGGCUGGAUGCGGCAGCGACCGAAGCCGAUGCAUCGAACAAGGCAAACGAAGUCGGAGCUUCUGUUCGCAAGGCCAUCAAGCAGCUUCGAGGAGGGACUGACAAGUUCUAUCACGAUCUCAUCACUGCAGUCAAAAUCACACUAUGUGAACAAGACCUGAAGGAUAACCAGAUUCGCUUUGUCAGCUGCGAUGCCGAUGAAGCCUACAAAUACGACAAUGGCGACCCCGUAAAGCUGUCUGAGACACCAUUGACGGACGACGAGACCAAGAAAGCUUACAGUCAGGGUCUGUGUGAGGUGGCUCCGAACUGUUACUGGGCCGAGAUUGUCGAUGGGGACACGAGUCGAGCUAAAGUAUACGCAGACGCUGAAAGCACCAUGGACGCCGCAGCGGCCGAAGCCAAGAUCAAGGAAUGGGCUACAGGCGUCAUCGGCUUUGUGAUUCCGGGCAUUGUAUUGGGUGUGCUGAGUCUACUGACGAUGGUUUUCUUUAUGAUUUGCCGCUGCUGCUGCAACCGAUGUGGCGGUCGCUUCCCGCGUGAAGAGGGCUACACGUGCAUGCAAAAGUUUUUGCCUUUGCUGUUCUUCCUGCUCUUUGCCAUCGGUGUCAUUGUGGUGUCUGCGGCUGCAUUCUUGUACCGAGGCACGAUGCUUUCUGCUGUGGAUGACAUGUUCAACGCAACGUCGGGGACGCUGGAGAACGGAAGCACUUGGAUCGUCAACAUUCGCACCCCCCUCCAAGAAAUCGCAGCAACCGUGGUCAAGUCGGCCGAUGAUAUUAAGGUGAAGCUUGACGGAACAGGUUUCAUCGACACUGGCCUAAAAGACAUUACGAUAAAGCUCGAUGACCUUGGUGACAAGUAUUCCACUGCUCCAAAGUUUCCAGCCGACUGCGUUCCUGACCCUAGUAAAACAAAUAAGGAAGCCGAUGGCGAUCCUUGCUACGAAUGCAAAGCCUGCACUGCAAUCGGUACCAAGGCGAGCGACGCUGCACAACAAGUCGACAAGAAUGCCGGUCCCGGUGUGAAGCAAUUGAGCAACGUCAAGAAGCAGCUCAAUACGAAACUGGUCGAGAUUUCGGGAAGUGUUCAAAGCGCAGUGGAUACGCAGGUAACCACAGCCAACGAUCUCAUUGAGACGGUCGACAAAACCCAAGGUGACGUGGACGACUACGACAGCAAGUUCCAGGGCUACCGAGACCAACUUGGGUACGCGAUCAUGGCAUUGUUUGCCCUUGCCCUGGUGGUUAUCGUGAUUGGAUUCAUUGGAAUCCUUUUCGGUCUCACACCUCUGAAAUUCCUUGCCAACAUCAUGCACAUCGCGUAUUUCCUCGGCUUCAUUGUCCUCAUCCUCGUGUUCAUCAUCAGUGCCGUUGCCCUCGCGAUCGGUGUAGUGCUUGGGGAUGCAUGUGAAGUCACACAAAUCUUCGCAGGCAACUGGACGGUGCCACUUGGUGAGUCGGCGAAAGCUGUGGAUGCUUGUUUCAAUAACGACUCGCUGCUGGACGUUUUCAACCUGUCCGACAAACUGGAUUUCGCUCGCGGUGGUAUCGAUUUCCCCGAGCUCGAUAUGACUUCCAUGUUCGACUUUUCUGACCUGGACGCCCUGGAAACAAGCACCAACAGCAUCGACGAAGCCAACUCCGUGCCGGCUACCGGUAAGGCUUACGUGUGUACGACCAACGCAAACCCGUGCACGUUCUCAACGUUCAUGAAGGAAAGUUACGCAGUGAUCUUCCCUGUAGCCACACUCAAGUACAGCAUGGAAAACUAUAAGGCGCAACUGGCUAACGACGUCAGCGACGUCACUGCCACUUCCGACACCUUUGAGACAAAUACGAAGAAACUCAACUCGGACAUCAACGGCAUCAAGACCGACCUCGACGCGAGUCUCAUCGAGUACGUGGGGGACUUUGAAGAGGCAAUGUACUGCACUUUCAUCGCCAACGGCUUCUGGGUCAUCUACGAUUCACUCUGCGGCGAUCUCAUGCCAUCCAUCACUAUGAUCGCGCUCAUGUUGUUCCUCUGCGGAAUUUUCUUAAUCCCCGUCAACGUCUGCCUCAUCAUCGGGGUCAAGCGUCUUAAGGCUCAUGGCAACGGACACAUCAUGGACACGGAAAUGAAGUUCAAGUAG